AACACUAUUAGAAUUCAUUCUCUUUCAUUUCAACAAUGAAGUCAAUUAUUUCAACCUUUUUUUCUAAAUUGUAAAAUUUUUAUACUCUCCUAAAAAUUUGAUCAUUCUCUUAAAAAUUCUAUUAUUCUGUUAAAAAUUCUAUUAUUCUGUUAAAAAUUUGAUUAAUUUGUGAAAAAAUUUGAAAAAAUGGUUGAAAGGGAUAAAAAUGUCCAGGAUCUGUCUUUAUCUUCAAAAAAUAAGUUUGACCGGCUGAAUUCUAAUUUUAACAGCGGAAGAAUGAAGUUUAUGGACUCGAUUUCAACUCGAUCCGGUGAAGAUCAUUUAUCGUCUCAUAAUUAUCUCGAUAAUUCUCCUAAAAACUCCUCAAAUCUAUUAAAAAAAGACACACAAAUUAAAUUAACCGAAUGCAAAUAUCUAGAUCCAAAUUACUCAAACCUCUCAAAUCACUCAAACAACUUAAACUACUCAAAUUACUCAAAUGACCCAAGUAACUCAAAUAACUUAAAUAAUUCUAAAAAUUUGAAAAAUUUGAAUUUUCCAGAAAAUAAGCCAAAAUUGCUCAAUCGACUCAUUCCUCACAAAGUCAAUCCUAACACCGUAAACAUGAAUACUGUGAGUAAUGUGAAUAGGGUUGACGGUGUGUUGUGUAAUGAGCUGAUGAGUGUUCGUAGUAAUGAAUGUGUUGAUAAUAUUAAGUAUUCACACUUAAAAUUCAUUAAAUCUCAAAUUCAACACAUUAACAACUUUAAAUCCAACGGUAUUAACUCUGUCAAUAGUACUCACUCUGGAACUAAUAACUCUGUCAAUAACAGUAAAGAUAAAAAUGGAGUGGAAAGGGUUGACAGUUUGGGUUGGUUGAGGUUGGGUAAGUUUAACAUAUCGAAAAUGAUUAACAAAGAGCAUAAAACGCUCAAGGAUAUCAAAAUCACUUCACUCAAAGAAUUAUAUAACCAGCAAUCCACUCACACACAAUACAACACACACUACAACACACACUACAACACACACUACAACACACACAUUAACUCUGUAACUAAUGCGGACAGAUUGAAGAGUUUGAAUAAUGAAGACUAUGAUUUAAACUCUGAGAAUAACAGCACUCUCACCAAUCACUCCAACACACACGUUCACACACUUAAACCCAAUCUACCCACCACCAAUCCCAGUAACAUGCCUAAUAAUAUUCCUAAUAAUAUUCCUAAUAAUAUGCCUAAUAAUAUUGCUAAUAAUAUUUCUAAUACGGUGGUUACUAGUUCUAAUAGGCGAAAUGUGCCUGUUUACGGCCCUAAUAGGGGCAAAAAUACGCCAAAUUUACCCCUAAAUCCUAACACACUACCCUCUAACACCGCAGCUAACACCGUUACUAAUACUGUCACUAAUACUGUCACUAAUACUGUCACUAACACCGCCGCUAACUCGGCUGGUAAAUCCAGUACUAACCCCUUUGCAGGUGUUAGAUACUGGUACAAGCCCUUUUCAAUGAGUAAAUUUGAGGAUUUAAGCACCUUUGAGGGGUUGCAGGUGCUCGAACGUUUAUCGGGAAAUGUGCAAAAAUCCUGGCAUCUCGAGGCUAUUAAACACCUGGACAGGGUUAACUAUUCACGUCUAAAAAUGCCCAUGCUACGUCUUAGCAAUAGUAAGUAUAACAUCCAUCCCAGUAGGUUACUUGUUAGUUGCAGAGGUGCCUGGGAUAUUAUCCAGGAAGGCUCAUUUGGCUCUGUGUACUACGGAUUUAUCGAGGGCUGUGGGCCCUCAGCUCUUAAAAUUCCUAACCCUCAAAUGCUCAAACUUGACCCCGUCGGUGUUAUGAAACGGUUUAUCAACGAGUGGGACAUCCUCUCACGCUGUAAUCAUAAACACAUUGUCACCAUCCACGGCGCUAUUGUACUAGGAUUGUACGAUAUCUGGCUAUGCACCGAACUCAUCAACGGCGUAGACCUACACACCAAAAAAUAUCACACACACCUACACACCAAUUAUGGUGUUAACAAUGGUAACACAGUUGGUAAGGUUAAUGGAGUUAAUGGUAACACAGUUGGUAAGGUUAAUGGAGUUACCACACUCAACACUAUUCGCAUGGUUGGCACGGUGUUUCCGUGGGAGUGUGGGUUACGUAUGUGUCGUCAGUUGUCGGAGGUGUUGUUGUAUUUGCACACGCCUACGAGUACGAAGGGUGUGAUAAUCCACAGAGACAUUAAGCCUGAGAAUAUUAUCGUCGACUCGGAGUGGAAUAUUAAACUCUGCGACUUCGGCGACGCCUUCGAGUCGAAUUCGGGCAACGCCAACAAUGUCUUCGGCGCAACCUGGCUCUACGCACCACCAGAACUUCUUCUACACCUUUCCACACACACCAAUACACACAUCAAUAGUUUACACAGUAAUACACACAUCAAUCCACACGCCAAUAGUGUACACAAUGUCAAUGUGUACAGUGUGAGUGAGAAGUGGGAUGUGUGGUCUGUUGGAUGUGUGUUUCAGGAGAUGUUUGGGUUUAUGGGUCCGUUUCAUCAUAUUGUGGACAUGAAUGACUCUGCGAGUGUGGUUUGUGAGAAGAUGAUCAGGGCAGCUACUAGAGGAUUAGUGCCGAAUAUACCAAACUCCUUAGCAAAGACUAAGAUGGGUGCGUUGAUUCUACAUUGUCUGGAUCCAAACCCUGAUAACAGACCCACAGCCAAGGAAAUUUAUCACACCCUACAAGCUCCAGAUAUUCUCUAAUUUUAUAACUAUAGUA